CUUCGCCAAGUCCUCAGGUCAGCUUUCAGUCGUGUGCCUUUUAAAAUGGGUUAGUCAUUGCUGGAAAAUCUGGUUUCAGGCUUCGGGCCUGCUGGUGAGUCACCCGCUUGUUUGGUGAUUUAUGAAGAUGCUGAUGAGCAAGGACUUCUUCUCUGGCCGGCUGGCGGUGGUGCGGCACUUGCCUCUGCCUAGUCUUUCAAGGCUGAGCGUUGAGAAGAGACGCCCGGGCCCUUUCUCUCUUCCACCCACCAACACUUCCCCUUGAGGUUUUGCAGGAUCCAUUCUUAAGCUAUGGGUUGGGAUGCAUCCAUGUGCGCUGUCUCUCUGACUGAAGUUUUCUCUGAGCUCAAGGUAUUGACUCUUGGAAAAGGCUGCUCGGUGCCUGCUAUGACUCUGCAUGACUCACUGUCCAGAACUGGCCACUGAUCGGCAUGUGCUUUGGCUAUGGCGUUAUGGUUUUAUCACUCAGCGGCUCCCAGUGCCGGAGGUGCAGCACGUCCUCUGGGAAGGACCUUGAUGUUCAGGGACUGGUGCUGACCUCCUUCAUCUGAGAUGCUGCCUUGAUUCUCCACAACGCGUAGACACAUCUCGGGUGGUUCUCUUGCGCCCCCAAGGGGGCAUCAAUGCACAAGCUUACUAUUAUUUAAGCAGCCUGCAGUGACCACUUGGGGCUUGCUUUUCUGACCACACCAAAAGGCUGCUUGGAUUUCAACAUGCUUAUAAAGGAGUAUCGGAUUCCUCUUCCCAUGAGCGUGGACGAGUAUAGAAUUGCCCAGCUGUACAUGAUACAGAAAAAGAGUCGCGAAGAGACAUGCGGAGAAGGCAGCGGAGUGGAGAUUUUGGAAAACAGACCGUACACAGACGGUCCUGGUGGCAAUGGACAGUAUACCCAUAAAGUAUACCAUAUUGGUAUGCAUAUCCCCAGUUGGUUUCGGUCUAUCCUGCCAAAGGCAGCAUUAAGAGUCGAAGAGGAAUCAUGGAACGCGUAUCCUUAUACAAGGACAAGGUACACCUGCCCAUUUGUGGAAAAAUUCUCUAUUGAUAUUGAAACCUAUUAUAUAGCUGACUCAGGAGAGCAAGCCAACGUAUUCAACCUUUCCCCCGCAGAGAAAAGGCAGACAGUUAUUGAUCCUAUUGAUAUCGUUAAAGAUCCCAUCCCUCCACACGAAUACAAGUCGGAGGAGGAUCCCAAGCUGUAUAAGUCAGUGAAGACUACAAGGGGACCUCUCUCAGAAGACUGGAUCAAAGAGCUCAAAAACAACCCUGGGAAAAAGCCCAUCAUGUGUGCCUACAAGCUGUGCAAAGUGGAAUUCAGAUACUGGGGCAUGCAGUCUAAAAUUGAACGCUUCAUUCACGAUGUAGGCUUGCGGAAAGUCAUGGUAAGAGCGCACCGGCAGGCUUGGUGCUGGCAGGAUGAGUGGUACGGCCUUACCAUUGAAGAUAUCCGGCAGCUGGAGAAGGAAGCUCAGCUGAUGUUGGCACAGAAGAUGGCUCAGUACAGCUUUAAUGAAAACGAACCAGAACAGCACCUUCCCAAAGAUUCCCUGGGCGAGAACGACGUGGAAACAAAGGCCAUAACUCCAGCCACCGAAGCAGUGGAUGCUCCUAGCAAUAUCGGCGAAGCCAUGUCGGGGCGAGUCCUUACCAAGCAGUGGUCAACGUCUUCCAAGUCCUCUUCGAAACGAGGAGCAAGCCCCUCACGCCAUAGCAUAUCGGAGUGGAGAAUGCAGAGCAUUGCCAGAGAUUCAGAUGAGAGCUCGGAUGAUGAGUUCUUCGAUGCACACGAGGACCUGUCUGAGAAUGAAGAGGUGUUUCCGAAAGAAAUCACCAAGUGGAGCUCAAACGAUCUGAUGGAUAAGAUUGAAAGUCCUGAACCUGAGGAAGUGCCCGAGGACCCAUGUUUUGAAUCAGCAGCAGAAUUCCGUGUCGGAUGCAGCGUGGAAAGACUCAGCAUAAUAGAGGAUGAAGUUGUCCCUCCUCUGGUUCAGCCAAGCAAAAUCCAUGUCCUGCUUUUGAUUUUGCACGGGGGCAACAUCCUGGACACAGGAGGGGGCGACCAGAGCUCUAAGCAAGGGGACGUCAACACCAUCACCACCGCCUUUGAUACCGUCAUCAGGGUCCAUUACCCGGCCGCUCUUGGACGCAUCGCCAUCAAGCUCGUUCCUUGUCCAGCCAUCUGCUCUGAAGCCUUUUCGCUUGUUUCCAACCUCAGCCCUUACAGUUACGAUGAAGGCUGCCUUUCCAACAGCCAGGAUCAUAUUCCGCUCGCAGCCCUUCCUCUGCUGGCUACAUCCUCCCCACAGUACCAGGAGGCGGUCGCCACGGUGAUCCUGAGAGCCAAUCAGGUGUACAGUGAGUUCAUCAAGUCCCAGGAAGGCACAUCCUUCAAUGGCCAGGUGUGUUUGGUUGGGGACUGUGUUGGAGGGAUCCUGGGCUUUGACGCUUUGUGCUACAGCAGUCAGAACCUGUCGGAAAGCCAGGACAGCAGCCGCCGGGGGAGCGUCAUCAGUGUGCAGGACACUGACCUCUUGUCUCCUGGAAUCCUUGUGAACAACAGCUACUGCUCUGGGGGCUCCUCGGGCCUGGAAGCCAGCCGGCACCUCAGCCGCAGCAACGUCGACCUCCCGCACAGCAGCAGCAGCGGCGGCGGCGGCAGCAGCAUCAAUGGGGAGGAGGCCAAGAAGCCGCCGCCCCGGAAGAGGAGCGACUCUUCCACCUACGAGCUGGACACCCUCAGCCAGCACCAGGCCUUCCUCUCCAGAAAUAGUUUACACUCUAGCGCCCUGAGAAACUGCCCAGGAUCAAGGAGAUCAAGUAGCUUUGCUGCCCUGGAUGGAGGAAACAUCAAGAAAUUUGAAUUCGAGAUCGCUGACUUCUUUCUGUUUGGGUCUCCUUUGGGGCUCGUCCUUGCCUUGAGAAAAACCGUCGUCCCGACUCUGGACAUCUUCCAGCUGAGGCCAGCCUGCCAGCAAGUCUACAAUCUGUUCCAUCCAGCAGACCCUUCUGCCUCGCGCUUAGAGCCGCUCCUGGAGAAGAAGUUCCACAUUUUGCCACCCUUUAACGUCCCUCGAUACCAGAGGUUCCCGCUGGGGGACGGCAAUUCGGCCCUCCUGGUUGAAACAGUCCAGACCAACCCUGUCCUCCUCGUAGAAAGCAGCCCUCUGGUUGCUCUCCAAGACCAGGACAGCUUCAUGGAAACCAGUAUCCCUGUUCCCAUCCUCAACUGGCAAGAUGGUUCCAGUAGAAAUUCUGGAUUUGCUGAGUCGGAUGUUGUUCAGUCUCAUGGUGGCGUCUUCGUGGAAAGCACCUCCCCUUCUGCUCCCAUUUCAGCCCCCCAGGUCAGGGGCUUCCGGAGAGCCAGUGAAGCCAGCAUUGCCAGCCAGGUCUCAGGAAUGGCAGACAGUUACACGGCUUCCAACAUAGCCAACAAAAACAAAAACAAUCUCAACAAUCCCAGGGGGUUUAGCUUUCUAGCUUUGCUUGCCCUCCCUCAUAAAUCCCCUACCCAACCCUCGCCCAAAAGGCAUAAGGCAUCUAAACCUGAACAGUCCAAGAAACCCUUAGGAAGAAGGCAUGGGAACGCCUCCCAUUGGGCAUCGGAUGCCGUUCUGCAGAUUCCAGAUCUCAGCAUUGAUAAAGUUGCGGCCAAGUGGUGGGGAACCAAGAGGAUAGACUACGCUCUCUACUGCCCAGACGCCCUCACCGCCUUCCCCACGGUCGCCCUGCCUCACCUUUUCCAUGCGAGCUACUGGGAGUCAACAGACGUGGUUUCCUUCUUGCUCAGACAGGUGAUGCGGCAUGAAAACUCCAGCAUUUUGGAGCUCGACGGGAAAGAGGUUUCUGUCUUCACACCUUCCAAACCCAGGGAGAAGUGGCUGCGCAAGAGGACCCAUGUGAAGUUAAGGAAUGUCACAGCCAACCACCGAAUAAGCGAUCCCGUUGUUAAUGAGGACGGUCCCCAGGUGUUAACUGGAAAGUUUAUGUACGGCCCGUUAGACAUGGUCACACUCACGGGGGAAAAGGUGGACAUUCAUAUAAUGACACAACCCCCAUCAGGGGAAUGGGUUUACUUUGACACGGAGAUCACCAACAGCAGUGGCAGGAUUUCCUACGUUAUCCCAGAGAACAGGCGGUUGGGGAUCGGCGUGUAUCCUGUCAAGAUGGUGGUCAGGGGCGACCACACGUAUGCUGACAGCUACAUCACCGUCCUGCCCCGAGGCACAGAGUUUGUGGUCUUCAGCAUCGACGGCUCCUUUGCAGCCAGCGUUUCGAUCAUGGGCAGCGACCCCAAAGUCAGAGCAGGAGCGGUGGAUGUCGUCCGUCACUGGCAAGACCUCGGCUACCUCAUUAUCUACGUCACAGGCCGGCCCGACAUGCAGAAGCAACGGGUGGUGGCUUGGUUAGCACAGCACAAUUUCCCCCAUGGGAUCGUCUCCUUCUGCGAUGGGCUGGUUCACGACCCGCUUCGGCACAAGGCCAAUUUCCUGAGGUCCCUUCUCGCAGAGCUCGACAUGAAAAUCCACGCAGCUUACGGAUCCACCAAGGACGUCUCUGUCUACACCUCCAUCAACUUGCUACCCACGCAGAUCUUCAUAGUUGGGCGGCCAACCAAGAAGUUGCAGAACCAUUGUCAGUUCAUUACGGAGGGGUACGCGGCCCACCUGGCCCAGCUGGAGUACACCCACCGUUCCCGGCCAGCCAAAAACACCACCCGGAUGGCUCUUCGGAAGGGGAGCUUUGGCCUCCCGGGCCAGACUGAAUUCCUGCGGAAGAGGAACCACCUGCUGCGCACCAUCUCCUCUCAGCCCACGGCGGCGGCAGCCAGCGGGAGCCUGGGACAUCGGCCCGAGCGAACGCUCAGCCAGUCGGAGAGCGACCGGGAGAGGGAGAGGGAGAAGGAGCGGAGCCAGAGGAGCAUGAGCCUCGCCACGGGGUGCUGGGGGCGAGGGACAGGCUCCAAGCUUGAGCCAGGCGCCCUGGGACCCAAGUAGGAGCCGGCUCGGGAGCGACCGACAGGCAACUGUGGACGCCCGGAGGGGGGGUCCAGAUGCGGAAGAAGCAACGAGACCGAGGCCUGCCGUGUGGGACUAGGCAGUGCAAAUAUGGUGCUACUCCAUGCCAGCGAGGCGGCAACACCUGCGAGGGGACAACCGCGCGGUUUCAGUUUUCCACACCAGACGCGCAGGUGCUCGGUUUGCAGAGCACGACCCGACGUGUGAAAAGGAACCGAGGCCGCCUUUCCAAGGGGAAGGGCCACGUCAGGAGAGGGUCCAGAGGAGGGGCAAACCCACAGGCCACCAAGGCCAUCUUUCCCCCCCCCCAACCUUCUUAUCCAGGUCCGAGCCGUUGUACAUAGGUGCCUCCUCCGCUUCGUAGCCAUCAAAAGAGGCUACUUGGGUUGGGCUGGGGCCGGGGAUGCCCAGCGGUGCGGGGCCCAAAUGUGGACACCUCCGCGGCUGGUUCUGGUCCCUGCCUGGAUGGGCAGACGCUGCCGCCAGCGAACAAAACAAACGGCUUGGUUUCCGGAGCCUGGAGAAAACGUGGUUUGCAGGCGGGGAGAACUCCAGGCGGGUAGCGGCUGCUAAGGACUCAUCCUUUCUCAACGAUGGAACGAAGACCCACGGACGGACUUUGCCGGCGGUUCCUUCGUGGCCGUUGCUGGGAUGAGCACGGGAUUUCAUUCUUGGGUUUGGUGGUGGUCUUCUUUUUUUUUAAUGACUCCUGUUUUCUUUUUUUUCCCAAACACCCCCCCCCUUGAAGCAUAGGAAAUAUUGGAAAGAAAACAAAGCAAGACUUUUGGUAGCUGGUUAGUUCGGAAGAAGAAACCCCAAGUAACAGGAACUGCCAAGGAGAGAAGCAGGGGCUGAAGACAUGGACCAUUCUCCAAAUAUUAUUAAGCUACGGGAGGCCUUCUGGAAAACAGCUGCAGCAUCUUUUCAAGCACCUGGGAAACGCAUAAUAGAAACAUCCUCUCAGCCUAAAAAAAAGGAAAGGAGAAGAAAAAAAACAUAGGUCCAAAUUCUCACCCCAACCCCAACCCCUUCUGCCCAUUUCUCUUCUGCCUCUCGCCUUCCCUCGAGAUGAGAGAUUCGUUCCUUCUUUCCAACUUCUUGGUACAGCUUUCGACAGAGGAUGUGAACUUGCUUUCUUUUUAACUGUAGUUAUGCAACUGUAAGACCUCAUUGUUUUUAUUUGUUUUGCACUGAUUUAACUUUUAGAAGGCGUAACAUUUUAUGAAGCUAUACUCUCCCUAUUUAUAUUGCAUGACAGUUAAAUGUUACGAGGUGCGAGGGUUACGUCCACCCAAACACACAGAGAGAGACAUAUAUGGAUGCAGACCAACAAACAAAACUACAUAAGGUGAUAGUCCCAAGUAAGGAAUGCACAUUUUAAAGAAAUUUUUCUUAAGCACCUCUAGCUUCUCUCUGUACCGAAAACUCCGUAUGUGAGGGAUCUGGUGCAGAGGAAGAAAGGUCUGUGAGCAGCACUGCAUUUAGUAUCUGCCUUCUCCUCGCCUUAUGAUUUUAAAAGAUGCUCUGGCUUUACGGUGCCCUCUAUUAGGCGUCUUAGAAUACGAGAAGCGACCAGAAGAGGGAAAGUGGCCACAAGGAAGGAUCUGUGAAACCUCCUUGGUCCUAUCCGGUGUCCACCCCAUGUCAAGAUUUAUAAUUUCCACCGAUUUCUAAAAUUUCCUUUCAAAAAAAAUAGAUGAAUGAAAAACCCCUUUUCCAAACCAACAUUGCCCUUUCUGGUGGGUUUUUUAAAAAAAUAUAUUUCCACAGGCACCUUUCUGGGUCCAAAGCUCUCUUUCCUAUUUAACGACCCUUGAUGGGAAACGGCUUUUCCAUCUUUUCCAGCCCGAUCGUGUUUUUUUGUUCUCUUCCUUUCCAAUGUUUUCAAUACCAAGACUUCCAGCACUGUGAACGCAGGCUCCUUUCGAGUCACACACAAUGAGGCCUUGACAGCUCGUUGGGAGACGUGGGCGGACAAAGAUGGAUACCCCCUCGUUUGCUACUUGGGUUUGGACACCAGAGGCGAAGGGGCAUGCUCCUUUUAGAAGAGCGCUUCUCUAAAAGGGAUGAAUAGCUUUCAUUCCGGAAAACAGCACCUCUUCUGAAAUGAAGCUUGUAAUCCCCGACGCAGGUCAAUGGUCUAGCUAGCUGUAUUGCAUGAUCAUUACGCCACUCGUCUCAGAUAAAGUCAAAAAGAAGAUACUGGCAGUUUUUUUUAAAAAAAACUACUUAAAAAUUGCUUUCCUUCCUGUUAAUUCAGCCUAGCCCUUUGGAUGUGUACGUCAAAAAAGCUCAGGGGUGGGAAGAAUUAAGGGGGGGGUUUACACUAUUUAGCUCUUUGUCCGCUCUCUGUAGCUCAUCUAAUCAUGCGGGUCGGACUCCGUUUUGUCCUAAUUCAUCCUCGCAAAGGAGACUAGAUGGCCAUGGAUUCUGGGUUCAGCUUUCGCACAUUCAACCCUUCCUGCAAACAGAGGCUCAUAAACCAAGAUGCGCCAUGUAUAUUUUUCAGUCGUCA